UUAGCCACUUAAAAAGUUGCUUUGCACUGGUUAUUCUGUAUUUCCCUGUUGACAAGUCUGUCUUUUUGACAAUGAUAAUUUGAUAGGUUUGUUUUGUAAAUUUUUUGUCAGAAUUAUACAAAUGUAUAAAUAAGAAAAAACAUAUUGAUUUAUAACAAAUAAAGUCACAUUCUGUAAAAUACACGCUAUGUGUGACACAGAUAAUGUUCAUGUUUUGAAUUUCAAUGAAAUUAAACAAGCUGCUGAAAAAAUUGAAGAUGGAAUUAUUCAUACCCCACUAUGUGAGGCUAAAAUGAGCAAAUGUAUGGAUUAUGAAAUUUACUUGAAAUGUGAAAACUUACAGUACACUGGCAGUUGUGCAGAACGUGGAAUCAGAAAUCUGUUUGUAUCGCGCCAUGAUGAAGUUACUACUUCUGGAGUAAUCGUCCCUUCUAUUGGUAAUUUGGCUAUAGGUGCUGCGUAUCAUGGUGAAGCUUUAGGAAUUCAGGUGACAGUGGUGCUUCCCGACCGAACGCCUCCCGCGUUAGCGCAGCGGUGCUCCGAGCUGAACGCGGACGUCGUCAUUUGCGGAGAAACUCUCGAGGAUGCCACCAAUUACGCUAAGAAAGUGCAUAUGGAGACAGGACAAUUCCUGCUUAGCCCGGACGAGCCGGCGGUGAUGGCGGGGCUGGGCACUGUAGGGAUGGAGAUUAUCACGCAGCUGCCGGAGGCUGACGCCGUCAUCGUGCCCGUCGGUAGCGGUGGCUUGCUCGCCUCCGUCCUCAUCGCCUGCACCAAGCUCAAGUGCUCCUGUCUUGUUUACGGUGUGGAGUGCGCAAAGGUUCCUAAAAUGUUGAAGGCUUGCCAGGCGGGACAUCCUGUCACGGUGCCGGUUGUACCCAAUCUGGCUGAAGGUUUGAACACCUCCAUCGUUGGCAGGAACGCCUUCGCCACUAUUAAAGGACGACUUGAUAGAGUGCUAGAAGUAGACGAGGUCCACAUCGCUCGUGCAAUGAUCAGCGUGCUAGAACGCGAGCGGCUGGUGACAGACGGCGCGGGCGCGUGUGCGCUCGCCGCCAUCAUGCAGGGUCUUGUGCCGGAGUUGCGCGGGAAGCGCACAGUAUGCAUACUAACCGGAGGUAACAUAGACUCGAGCCGGUUGUCGCGAACGAUACAUCGCGGUCUUAGCGCUUGGGGCCGACUGAUCCGCUUUGCCGUGCCUAUGGGCGACAACAGAUCCGGACUCGAAAACCUCGCUAAAGUCAUAUCUGAUGAGCACGCCGUCCUCAAGAGCCUUGUUACUGAACAAAUGUGGGUCCAAAGCGAUGUCGGCACUACGUGGGCUAAUGCUGUAGUCGAAACUGCCAAUGAAGAACAUUCUGACAAUUUCAAGGAUCGCAUACGUCAUUUAUAUCCAUCUGCAAGAUUUGCCGUCAUAGAGGUCAAUGAUAAAAAGUGUGCUAAUGUUCCACCUAAAGUUUGUCCAAAUAGAAAUGUUUAGUGAAAAAUUGUAG